AUGACGAAUGGACUCGGUUAUGGACAAACACACCGAGAAAAUCUUUGUUCUUUGGAUGUUGAGGACGUCAGUGACAAAGUACAGGCUGACAAGAUUUUAGAACGGUUUACGGUCCUGUUGCAGCUGUCAGCUAUUCGGAACGGACUGUUCGUGGAUCUAUUGCGGGCAAAAAUGGAGCGGAAAGUAGAACGCGAUGAACGGACUAAGCAUUUGUUGGAGAAAACAGUGGCCGAAACUAGGGCCGAAGUGGACACAAACGGUAAGCACAACCCGAAUGUGAUAUCUAUGUUUGCUCAUCAGCUGACCCAAUGUGCGGACAAAUUGCGAAAGAACGACAGCGAAGAAGAAGAUGAAAUAAUUCGAAUAACGCAAGACAACCACCGUCUCUGCGCUAUUUCCAAAAUGCGCCAAACAAAACUCGCUAAAAAAACGGACAAUUUUAAGCUCGCCUUCGACAAGCUGGACUGCAAAUUGAAAGAAAAAAACAUACCAAUGAGAUCCCAAUUGAUCGCGUUUGGUCAAAAUCCGUGCGAAAUAGUAAAUUGCGAUGACAUAUGUUGA